CGUUGACGCACACAGGUGGAGGAGGAGAGGAGGGAUAGAAGAGGAGAGAAAAAGAAGAAGACACUUCUCCAAGACGAUAAAAAUCACGAUUGAAGAGUCCAGUGAUGACGACGACGACGAUGAAGAAGAGAGGUCACACAGUGUCAGAGAUAUUGGCAAGGGACUUCUGUCCACCAAGCCGUCAGUCAGCCUAUUAUCUGAGAGAGAAUUACCCCCCACACCAAUACAGGGCAAUACCACUGACCUCUAUAAGUGGCUCGGCACCUUCUUCGCUCAUUAAAAUAGCACCAUAUGCUGCUGGACAGCCGUGGCCUUACUAUGCACAACCACCCAGCUAUGGGCAUUUUUCAUUCAUUCCUCACCUCCGACUGUGCCAGCAGCCAAUGGGACUUGACUGGAUGCUACAUCAAAGGACACUCCCACAAACUUGCGUAAUUCUAACUAAUAAGAUCAAAGACACCAGAGUUUCUACUUCAGUAGAAUUAAAAAUGCUAGAUUUCCCCUCAAUGCCACAUAAUCAGGUCCAAAAGGUCAUUACUAAUGCGACCAGUCAGCCCACUUUUGACGUGGACACAUCCCUCAUCCCUGAACUUCUCAACUCCAGCACAGUUCCCCAAGGAACCCAGGCUGAAGGGGCCUUAGAUCUGAGCACUAAUAGAGGCAGUGAGGUGGAAGGGGUCAGGAAACAGCCCUACCCAUUACAGAGGCAGAACGGGAAGCUCCGGUAUGACUGUAACGUUUGCGGGAAGAACUUCAGUCAACUGUCCAACCUAAAGGUCCACCUGAGGGUCCACAGUGGAGAGAGGCCAUAUAAAUGCUUGACCUGCAGGAAAGACUUCACUCAGCUGGCUCACCUGCAGAAGCACAGGCUGGUGCACACUGGGGAGAAACCAUACAAGUGUCCGAGCUGUUCUCGACGUUUCAGCAGCAGCAGUAAUCUGAAGACUCACCUGAGGCGCCACAUAUGUUUCCAUCCUAAACACCAAGCACCGAGCACAUUCACCUGAGAGGAACAGUUUGGUGAAAAAUCAGAUGCAUACAAUUUCCUCCCUUACUACAAAUGGCCAGCCGAGACAUGUUUGGCGUCUGAUGUUUGCUCCUUUAGCUUUACACUGGAGCUCUGAGGCUAAUGUAGCUAAUAAGUACUCGGCGCUUACAGCCCAAUAAUGAGCAGUGUGCAAACUGCUUAUAUCAUCACACACUUGCCUGAACUGAAUGGGGUUGUCAAGAAAUUUCCAAAAGGCCUGAUUAUGUGGUUUCUGACACUGUUUUACCCACUGUUAUCCAAAACUAUGCUAGGAUAGCUAAAACAUGAGCAGGAGGCCUAUACUAUUGUCCAUAGAGGUUUACUUAACAUCUCCACACGGUUUAAGGCAAGUGUGUGAUGAUUUGAGCAUGCACCUUCCAAGUCAGCAAAGUUUUUCUGGCCCACUUGUGGACCACAUCCUUGCUGCGUCCUUGGCCCAGAUUUGGCCCACACACUGUACAACAAGCACAACUAACAAAUCUGACCCAACUACAUUGUUGAUCCACAGGAACUAGCCCACAGAUAGCUAGAUAGCAGAUAGUUUUGGGCCGAUUCUGGCUUUCCUAUGUGAGUGUAGGUUAAUUACCACAGGAACGGACCCACAGAUACCCAGAUAGCAGACAGUUUUGGGCCUUUUCUGGCAUUCCUACAUGAGUGUUGGUUGACUACCACAGAAACUAGCCCACAGAUACCUAGAUAGCAAAGAGUUUUGGGCCGAUUCUGGCUUUCCUGCAUGAGUGUUGGUUGACUACCACGAGAACUGACCCACAGAUACCCAGAUAGCAGACAGUUUUGGGCCUUUUCUGGCAUUCCUACAUGAGUGUUGGUUGACUACCACAGAAACUAGCCCACAGAUACCUAGAUAGCAAAGAGUUUUGGGCCGAUUCUGGCUUUCCUGCAUGAGUGUUGGUUGACUACCACAAGAACUGACCCACAGAUACCCAGAUAGCAGACAGUUUUGGGCCGAUUUUGUGGGACAAUUCUGGCGUGAAUGUUGCGGAUCAACAAUGUAGUUCGGCCAGAUUUGAGCCAUCCUUUAGUUCUACUCACUUUACAGUGUGUGGGCCAGAUUAGGGCUGAGGACCCAGCAGUAUGCUGGGCCAGAACAAAUCAAGGAUGUAGCCCACAAGUGGGCCAGACAAAAUUUGCUAACUGAAGAUAAACACGAGGCAAAGCCAUACGAAGCUGUGCAGCAUCUGGCCCACAUUCCUAACAUCAUCCAACACUAGGAUACUAGUAGGAACGCCAGAAUCUGUGCAAACUAAAGCAGCAAAUUUCAGACGCGAAAAAUGUCUUGUCUGAUUGGCUAAAUGUGUAAAUUUGAUUUUUUGUCCCAAACUAUCACUGGCCCCUGCCCACCGGCCAGCGUCCUUACUUAGCUACCUCUGUAAACUGGAGCAGAACUACAGAACACCUGGAGCUUAUUCUCACUGUCUUAAAUAGUAUGUCUACAGGAGAAGGGAAAAGUGUGCAUUAACGUAACUGUAUGUUAAUUGAAUGAAAUUUUAUUCCAGAAAAUUAAUAAUUAUGUCAUGUAUAAGGCACCAUUCGAAAAUCCUAUAACUGGAGCUGAAAAGAGUUCAAAAUUGCUAAUCUGUGUCGAGAC